GAAAGGAGGAAUGGGAGAAACAAGUUAUGCUAACAACUCAUUACUUCAGAGAAAGGUGAUAUCGAUGACAAAGCCUAUAACAGAGGCAGCCAUCACAGCUUUCUUCUCCACUAUCGCUGCUACCAUCCCGGCAAGCCUCACCAUCGCAGACUUGGGCUGUUCCUGUGGCCCCAACACUCUCUUCGCCGUGUCUGAGAUCAUAAGCAUCAUGAUCGAUCUCUGCAAUGCGAAGAAGCACAAGCUACCGGAGUUCCAAGUGUUCUUGAAUGAUCUCCCAGGGAAUGACUUCAACACCCUCUUCAGCAGCUUCUUGCCAAGAUUCCAAGAGAAGCUAAGUGAGCAAAUGAAGAGUAAGUAUGGAGCGUCAGCGGCGUUGGCAUGCUUCUUCAAUGGCGUUCCCGGUUCGUUCUGUGGGAGAUUGUUUGCUCAGGAGAGUCUGCACUUCAUUCAUUCUUCAUACAGCCUCCAUUGGCUGUCUCAGGUUCCAAGAGGGCUAGAGGAAAACAAAGGCAACAUAUCCAUGUCAAGAUCGAGCCCUCCGAGUGUGCUUAGGGCAUAUUAUGAGCAAUUCCAAAGGGACUUCUCAACAUUUUUGGAGUGUCGCGGGCAAGAAUUGGUAAUGGGAGGGCGUAUGGUUUUGACCCUCCUGGGUCGAAGAAGCGACGAUCCUUCAAGUGAAGAGUAUCGCCAAUUUUGGGAGCUCUUAGCUAUUGAUCUCAAUGAGAUGGUCACCGAAGGACUCAUAGAAAAAGAGAAACUGGACUCCUUCAAUGUCCCUUAUUACCCACCCUCACCAAAAGAAGUACGCCGGGAAGUUGAAAAGCAAGGGUCAUUCUCAAUCGAUUGCUUGGAGGUGUUCGAAGUGAACCGGGAUGUAUUUGAGACCGAUUUUGACCCUAAUGUUGUCUCAGAGGAAGCGGCAGACAAAAUGGUCGGGUGCCUAAGAGCUAUAGCCGAGCCCUUGCUCGUUAAUCGCUUUGGUGAAGAGAUCAUCAAUGAGGUUUUCAAGAGGUUUAGGGCUAAACUUGGCAACCGCUUGUCCAAGGAAAAGAUUGCAUUGGUCAACAUCAUCAUUUCGCUAAAGAAAAUUACCUAGAUAUAUCGCAAAAAUUGACAAAUAAAUUCAUUAUAGAUGUAUGUACUUCUGUAGUGAAGUUGAAAUAUGAGUGUCAUGAGUAUGUUUACUAUAGUUUGGAAAAGUGGCCGUUUCACUUGUAUUACUUCUAAUGUCGUAUCUCGAAUAAAGAAAAUGCAAGAGACUUGCAUGUUUUCUUUUUGAGGGGUCAAAAGAGACUUGCGAGUCGAAGGG